GCGGCGGGGAUUCAAAGACCGCGCUGGAAGCGGAGGGGCAAGCAGCAGCCACCAGCCCAUUCCCCGAUUCGGGGCAGGCACUGGAGUCAGCAUGGGGGUGACAGGUGGCAAUGGAUUUCCUUGCUGUAGUAAGAAGUCUGUGGAGGUCGUGGAAACACAUGAUGACUUUCACGACCCUGACCCCCAGCCUGAGCCUGUGGAAGAUGACAUCGAGUUGUUAGAUGACACCCUUGACCUGGAAGCAGAGCAGGAUGUAGAGUCGGAGUCGGAGCUGGAGUCCGAACUGGAACCAGAGCCUCAGCUGCUCCCAGAAUCGGAGUCAGAGCUAGAAGAUGAAGUCCCUGUCCCUGUCCCAGUCAGCGUCUUUGUUCAAACCUCCAAUCUGGCAUUCAACCUGGCCCCGAGGAACAUGCCUCCGGGACCCAGAGUUAAUGUCCAGAUCCAGACAGCUGUUGGACCAAAGGGGACGUUGGAGUUAAGCAUUUCCCAUGAGCCCCGGAGCCCGGAGCCCUUACCAGUGAAGGAUGGUCUGCACCAUACGUUCCGGUCCGUCUUUGUGCAAACCUCCAAGCACCUGUUCCAGAUGGACAAGCUGAUACAGGCGUCUGACCAUCGCCUCAAGCAGCCAUUAGGGAUAGGGCACCACCCAUUGCCAAUGCGAGACUGGCCUUUCCAGAGAUCUUUAGGAAGAACCUCCAAGGAAAGCCUGCUCUCUGGCAACAAAUUAUCCAAGAUGUUCAUGGAGGAUGUUAGAGUUCAAACCUCUCACCCAAGCCUGGGCAUUGAAGGUUUCCCACCACAGAGCCCCAUUCAAGCAUUACUACCAGAAAGGUCGCCCUCAGAAAUUCAAUUGCUAUCUUCCCGAAACUUGUCUGCUAAAUUCUCGGAGCCACUGGACUUCAGAAUGCUAGACUUUCGUCCAGCCUCUGCCAGCCUUCCCCCAGCACUGGUUUCUAGUACUGUGACCUCCUACAAUUCCUCUUCCACAGAGCUGAUACCUGAUUGCAAAGCUCUGAUUUCCUGCAAGUCUUCCCUAGGGCUGAGAAUGAGUUCCAGGUCACCCAUGACCCAAGAAUCGACCACAGACCUUUCCAUAGCAACUGAGCAGCCAGUCUCACCUUUACCCCUCCUGAAGCCACCAGAAGCAGGGGAGCCUCAGAAGUCCAUCAGCCAGGAAUUUGCCUCACUGAAGCCAGGCUAUGCUCUGAACAUGACCAAGGCAGCCUCAGAAAGAGCAUCCAUGGAAGGGGAAAUUAACCCUCUCCAGUCUCCAUCUUUAGCUCCACUGUCAUCGGGACCUUGGAAAGAGUGGUCACCAGCAGAGGACCAGGAGAUCCACAGUGAUACAGAAAUGGUACAGGUUCAGGGAAGGCCUGAUGAAGGAGCCAAGCCUCAGAGGAUUGACAGCCCUCUUGCCAAUAGGAGACGGGACCUCUCUAGCCUCUUUGCACCAGUGGACAUCCCUGCCGAGUAUGAGCAUCCCCUGACCUCUAGGCAGGUGGCAGCCUUCCAGGAUGUCUUCCAACUGUUUAAACCGGGCUCCCAGGGCAAGCUGGACAUGCGGAGCAUGAAGGGGGCACUACGGACUGUUGGCAUCCAGCUGAGCCCCCAGGAAGUGUGUGAGGCCCUGCGGCGGGCCGACCUGGAUGGUGAUGGAGCUGUUGACUUUGAGGACUUCCUUGGGAUCCUGACAGACAAUCACCGCUUUGCCCAAUGCAUGGGUCGGAUGAGAAACAGUCGUAUCAAUGAUCCCCAUGGUCUGGAAACGCUUUUCUUCGAGAUGAUGUCUAAGUUUGUGGGUCAGGGGGCACUGUCCCCCAAAUCAGUGGCGGAGGUGGUGAGUUACUACACAGACAAGCAGAGAGUGUUGCGAAUGAGCGCUUGGUGGAAGGGCCUGAAUCACAAACACAACCGAAGCUACCGAUCCCGAUCACACACGGGCCUCAGCUUCUUCUGCCAGGCCACACGCCUGGCCGGCCUGAACAACCGGCAACUUGCCCGAUCCCUGCAUAACCUCCGGGACUUGAAUGUCCAAGGCCCCUACUCCCAGGUCCCCAACCUGCCCUCUCGGGCACAGUCGACAGAAAGGAGGAAUCGAAGCAGAGGUCCCCGACUCUCCACCCUGGCCAGGCCCUGCAACAAACCCAAGCCGCCUCAGCGAGAGGCACCUCGGCCACGGGCUCCAGAGCCCACAGGUCAGCGACCACAGUCAGAAGACGGGACUGCAGAGCUGGGACCAGCUCCGUCCCCACCCACCCUGGUCCAGAGCCAACUCCCUUCCCCACCCCCUCCUACCCCACAGAGUCAUUCUUUACCAAAUGAUUACCAAUAA